AUGAAUGUGGGUUGUGGGAAGGGGAAGAAAGCGUCGGUUUCUGUGUGGCGGAUGAAGAAGUCUACGAGUGUAGAUGGUGAGGGGGAGGGCGAAGUCGAGCAGUUCGUUUCUAACCAGCUCUUCCGCGACUCCGACUGCAACCUCAUCAUCUCCGCCAGUCUUACCCUCUUCCUCCGCGACUUCGCCCUCGAUGAACUAACACAUUCCCUCCCCGACAUACCCAUCGAGCUCACUUCCCAGACUUUAUCCGGUGACGCCGCCAUGUGGGUACAGGAUGCAGGGGAUGGGAAGCCGUUUGAUAUCGAAUAG